UAUUUUAAACAAAAACUUCAUGGCGUGAGUGAGAUGCUCAGUGAGGAUAACUCAGUGAAAAUGAUUCAUUCAAAGCAAUCAGUGCAUCAACAACAUCAGCAGCAAAAUAUGCGAAAAUCUAUGGGCGUUAUGGGUACCAGACGUAUCUUCACAACAGCUUUUAAAAUCAAGGUUCUCGAUUCCUAUAGACACGACAAGGACUGUCGGCAAAAUCAGCGUGCUACUGCAAGGAAAUACGGUAUUCAUCGUCGUCAAAUACAAAAAUGGCUGCAAUGUGAGGAGCAGCUCAGAAAUAGCGUUGAAAAUGGGAAUUCUGGGACCGUCUCAUCGGCAACCGCUUCUUCUGCGAGUGUUUCUAAAUCUGAUACUGUGACGGAAGUCACAGGGAGUACUGUGAUUCUAGCAACGCCGGCCUUGAACCUCAACCUCGCCAGACAGCACGGCGACGAGCUGACUACACAGCAAGGGCCCCCACCUUCUCAUCCUCCGCAUGGUAGUGCACCCUCCUCGCCCCAAUAUAGCCUUCAGACUACUACCACCAGCACGGUGGUGCCCCUAUGUUUAACAUCUGUGAGCUAUCAAGAAUAUUCAUCGGAACAACAUCUUCGUUUAUUCGAAGAACGCGAAGAUAGAGUUCACAUACCAGAGAUUCAUGGAUAUUCAGAUGUGCAAGUGGAUCAGGACCGUAAUUACUACUUAUUGAAUGGAGACGGACAACAAGAUGCAGAAGCAGCUUCAACGUUUAGUGGAAAAAAUGAGGUGAAGGUAUAUCAAACUUUGACAAGUUACCAUUCUGCACAUCAAGAACAUCGAUACAACGUCAACGAUAUUAAUAAUAGCGCGCGUAAUCAUUCGCCGAAUCAUCAUCUGCAACAACGAGAGCAGAAUUAUGGGAACGUCGAUUCAUUCGACGGGAGAUCGUACAGCCUGCUACUAGCGCCGUCGAUGAUAAAGACAGAGCCAGCGAGUCCAGACACAGCGGCGACGUCAGGGCCGUACGAAUCGACGGGUUCUCUCAAUGGCCCACGGACCCCGCUCUCGCCAGUAUCGCAUCAAGGCGUUGAUAGCGGUGGCUCUUCGUUGUCCGUUCACUUCGUUGAUUCUUCACGAGCUUCUGCAAGUCCGUAUUUGCACGUGCACGCGCAUGAGCACGCACACACGUGUCGCCCGCUGAAUUCUGAGAAGCCUAUCCCAUCGCUCCUGCACGAGCAAGAGAGAAAGUCAGAGGAGACAACGCAGCAUACCGAAGAGAAAAGAGAGGAAGAAAUGCAGGACAAGACAGAAUAUUGCAAGACGUUAAUCAAAGAAGAAGUGCACUUGGAUGAGGAAGAGAUAUAUAACGAAGGGGAAGAAGCAACUGCAUCCUCGUGCAUUGACUAUCAACGACCACCUGUUGGCGGGUCGUCAUUAGAUAGUACAGGAUCGGUAAAUCCUAUAUACGAUCGCAAUAGUUACUCCUUACCUUCGAGUCCUCGUGAUUGUUCUAGCGCUGGAAGAUCUAGAAGUAGCUGGUCAGAUAGUGAAGUAGAUCCUCUAAUAAUUUCCUGUAAUAAUUUGAAUUCGUCUAGCAAUUUUACUCGCAGACGAUCUUUUGCUCUGAGUUUUAAGCUCGAUGUUCUCGACGCUUUCCAUCGAGAUGAGGAAGUAAAGAGAAAUCAAAGAGCUACCGCGAGAAAAUUUGGCAUAAAUCGUCGUCAGGUACAGAAAUGGUUGGAACAAGAGGCGGAUCUCAGAGAUGAAAUCACUCUUCGAGGAGAUUCGCGUCAACGAUUGGGCCCUAUCCAAAAUGACUCACCAUUGGAUUUGACGACAACAAGUUACACUCCGUCAGGGCAAGUUACAAAUUGUGUUUCACUCUUGCGUGAUCGACUCGAAAUUGAACAUGAACUAUUGCCAACACACAUUUUUGGCGAUGCUAAUUUUGUUUCUUCUCAACAACCCUUUAAUUAUCAACACUGCGCUGGAAUAGAACCAUCCUCUGAAGUAGAAUCUGUAGCGCCCUGCAAUCUAUCUUGCUCCGUAGAUAGUCACACUACAAUGUCGACGACAUCUUCUUAUCAAGAGCUGUCUUCAAAAGAAUCCUGUUACACAGAGCCUUCGAUUAAAACAUACUGCUAUUCGCCUAGAGCAAAUUCCGUGAUUUCUAAUUUUUCUGAAGGAUGCGAGCAAAGAUUUUCACCUCUGAAGAGACAACAUUGUGUGCUUGCUUGCUGCUAUGAUGUGAUGCCGUCACCGAAAAGAUUCUGCGAAAGGUUUCCAGAAAUUGACGAUUCCUACGAUGUACCUCCUCAAAAUAUGCCUCUUUGUCUUGUCAAACGAAAAUCAGUACAGGAACUCUCUCGAACGGAAUUGAUUACAAAAUCAAUCAGUACAGUAUCGACUUCGAAUAAUCCUGAUGCCAUCACUUUCAAGCCUUACCUAGAUAAUCCAGUGAGUAAACCCAUGAAGAAGUGCGUCGUCCAGCGUGAUUUAUCUCCUAUCAGCAGUCAUAAUAUCAACAACAAUAACAAUAAUAAUGGUAAUUGCCAAAUAAUUUGUAAUUUCAAUGAGAGUCAAAGUCAUAAUUAUGAUUUUGAGCUUAAUUUGCGAGUGCCCUGGAGACCUGAUUUAGAUCUGUAUACAAAUCGAUUUUCGCAAAGGAGUGCGUUUGUUAGCGUGUCCUCACUCUAUAUGUAA